AGAGAGGGAUCGGAAGUGCCCUAGAAAGUGCCUAUGGGUGGUCCGACGACUCUCCAAUACUUCUGAACGCCUUUGUCCUCUGAACCUCUCUGACCAGUUCCAGCGAGCACAUGUGGCCUCCUAGAUGUGUGGAGCUGUCCCUGGAGCUGUAGCCCUUCACCACCAUCUCUACCUCCUUCCAUCUGAAGGAUCCUGAAACCUCUGUCAUGGAGAAGUACCACGUGUUGGAGAUGAUCGGAGAAGGCUCUUUUGGGAGGGUGUACAAGGGUCGAAGAAAAUACAGUGCUCAGGUGGUGGCCCUGAAGUUCAUUCCAAAACUGGGACGUUCAGAGAAGGAGCUGAGGAAUCUGCAACGAGAGAUUGAAAUCAUGCGGGGUCUGCGGCAUCCCAACAUUGUGCAUAUGCUUGACAGCUUUGAAACUGACAAAGAGGUGGUGGUGGUGACAGACUAUGCUGAGGGAGAGCUCUUUCAGAUCUUGGAAGAUGAUGGAAAACUUCCAGAAGACCAGGUUCAGGCCAUUGCUGCCCAGUUGGUGUCCGCUCUGUACUAUCUGCAUUCCCACCGCAUUCUCCACCGUGACAUGAAACCUCAGAACAUCCUCCUUGCCAAGGGUGGUGGCAUCAAGCUCUGUGACUUUGGAUUUGCCCGGGCAAUGAGCACCAACACAAUGGUGCUGACAUCCAUCAAAGGCACACCACUUUAUAUGUCUCCAGAGCUGGUGGAAGAGCGACCGUACGACCACACUGCAGACCUCUGGUCUGUGGGCUGCAUACUGUAUGAGCUGGCUGUGGGCACCCCUCCCUUCUACACUACCAGCAUCUUUCAGUUGGUCAGCCUCAUUCUCAAGGACCCUGUGCGCUGGCCGACCACCAUUAGUCCUUGCUUCAAGAACUUCCUGCAGGGACUGCUCACUAAGGACCCUAGGCAGCGUCUGUCCUGGCCAGAUCUCUUACAUCACCCCUUUAUAGCUGGUCGCGUCACCAUAAUAACUGAACCAGCAGGCCCAGAUUUGGGUACCCCAUUCACCAGUCGCCUACCCCCAGAACUUCAGGUCCUAAAGGACCAACAGGCACACCAGCUGGCCCCCAAGGGCAAUCGUUCUCGAAUCUUGCAACAAGCCUGUAAACGCAUGGCUGAGGAGGCCAAGCAGAAGAAACACCAGAACACAGGACCUGCCCUUGAGCAGGAGGACAGGACCAGCAAGAUGGCUUCUGGCACAGCCCCUCUGCCCAGACCAAGAGCCACUCCUCAGGAACCAGGCCUCUUGGCUGGGAUCUUGGCCUCAGAAAUGAAGAACAGCUGGGCUGAGUGGGGGCCUGGAGAGGCCCCCCCUGUACCUCGGGAAAACCAGAUUAGCCAAGAUUCUGAACCAGCUCUCCUAGAGCUGAGGCCAGAGGUGGUGAGCCAGCGGAGCAUUGAUGCAGUGGACCUAGAAAAUGAGGAGCCCGACAGCGAUGAUGAGUGGCAGCACCUGCUAGAGACCGCUGACCCUGUGCCUGUCCAGCUGAAGGCCCCCCUCACUCUGCUGUGCAAUCCUGACUUCUGCCAGCGCAUUCAGGGUCAGCUGCGCGAGGCAGGAGGGCAGAUCCUGAAAGGCAUGCUGGAGGGUGCUUCCCACAUCCUUCCUGCACUCCGGGUCUUGAGCAGUCUUCUGUCCAGCUGCAGCGACUCUGUUCUCUUGUACUCCUUCUGUCGUGAGGCAGGGCUCCCCGGGCUGCUGCUCAGCCUGCUCAGACACAGCCAGGACAGCAACAGUAUCCAGCAGAAGCCUCCCUGUUUGGUCAGCCUGACUGGAUAUCUGACACCUUUUUCACUGCCUUUUCUCUUCAUCUACAUUGCCCUUAUUCUCCGUCCUCUUCCCUGGCAGCAAUGUUGGUAUGGGACCUUCUUACGGCACCUGAUGGCUGUGAUUCAGGCCUAUUUUGCCUGCACCUUCAAUCUGGAGAGGAGCCAGACAGGUGACAGCCUACAGGUGUUUCAGGAGGCCGCCAACCUCUUUUUGGACCUGUUGGGGAAACUGCUGGCCCAACCAGAUGACUCUGAGCAGACUCUAAGGAGGGAUAGCCUUAUGUGCUUUACUGUUCUGUGUGAAGCCAUGGAUGGGAACAGCUGGACCAUCUCCAAAGCCUUUUACUCCAGCCUGCUGACUACCCAGCGGGCUGUGCUGGAUGGGCUCCUUCAUGGCCUGACAGUUCCCCAGCUCCCCUUCCACACACCCCCAGGAGCCCCCCAAGUGAGCCAGCCACUACGGGAGCAGAGUGAGGACCUGCCUGGAGCCAUGUCCUCUGCACUGGCAGCCAUAUGCACUGCUCCUGUGGGGCUGCCCAGCUGCUGGGAAGCCAAGGAGCAGAUCUCUCAGCAUUUGGCGAAUCAGCUCACCGAGGACAACAACCAACUGAGACCGUCCCUUAUCUCUGGCUUGCGGCAUCCCAUCCUGUGCCUACACCUUCUCAAGGUUCUCUACUCAUGCUGCCAUGUCAGUGAGCGCCUGUGCCAUCUGCUAGGGCAAGAGUCCCUGGCCUUGGAGUCACUGUUGAUGCUGGUCCAGGGCAAGGUAAAGGUAGUAGAUUGGGAAGAGUCUACUGAGGUGGCACUCUACCUCCUCUCCCUUCUUGUCCUUCGGCUGCAAGAUCUGCCUUCUGGAAUGGAGAAGCUAGGCAAUGAGAUUGCUACUCUCUUUACCCAUUCACACGUUGUCUCUCUCGUGAGUGCGGCAGCCUGCCUGUUGGGUCAACUUGGUCAGCAAGGGGUGACCUUUGACCUCCAGCCUGUGGAGUGGAUUGCCGCAGCCUCACACGCUCUGUCUGCCCCUGCAGAGGUCCGGCUGACUCCACCAGGUGGCUGUGGAUUCUAUGACGGCCUCCUCAUCCUGCUGCUGCAGCUUCUCACCCAGCCAGGGAAGGGUAGCCUGAUAAGGGACAUGGCUAGCUCAGAAAUGUGGACCAUUCUAUGGCACCGCUUCUCCAUGGCUCUAAGGCUCCCCGAGGAGGUGUCUCCACAGGAAUCACAGCCAUCACAAAGCCCAGAGCCAGACUGGACGCUGAUCUCACCCCAAGGCAUGGCAGCCCUGCUGAGCCUGGCCGUGGCCACCUUCACCCAGGAGCCCCAGUUAUGCCUGAGCCACCUGUCUCAGCGUGGAAGUAUCCUCAUGACCACCCUGAAGCACCUGCUUUCCCCCAGCUUCCUGCGUCAGCUGGGCCGGGCGCCUCACGGGUCUGGGUUUCUGCCCGUCGUGGUGCUCUCUGUCUGCCAGCUCCUCUGCUUCCCCUUCGCCCUGGAUGUGGAUGCCGACCUCCUUGGAGGUGUGUUAGCUGACUUCGUGGACUCAGAAGUCACAGCCCGCCUGCUGCAGGUCUGCUGCCACCAUCUUCCGUUGACGCAAGUUGAGUUGCCUGUCAGCCUGCUCACACACCUGGCCCUCACGGAUUCCACCUCUCUCAACCAGUUUGUGAACACAGUGGCUGCCUCUCCUAGAACCAUCAUCUCCUUCCUCUCAGUUGCCCUCUUGGGUGACCAGCCGCUGCUGACCUCUGACAUUCUCUCCUUGCUGGCCCACACAGCCCGAGUACUGUCCCCCAGCCACUUGUCCUUCAUCCAAGAACUCCUGGCUGGCUCUGAUGAAUCCUAUCGGCCCCUGCGCAGCCUCCUGGGCCACCCAGAGAAUUCUGUGCGGGCCCGCACUUACGGGCUCCUGGGCCACCUGCUGCAAUACAGCAUGGCUGUGCGUGGGGCACUGCAGAGCCAGGCUGGGCUGCUCAACCUUCUGCUGCUGGGGCUUAGAGACAAGGACCCUGCCGUGCGGCGCGGUGCCAGCUUUGCUGUGGGCAACGCAGCCUACCAAGCUGGUCCCCUGGGACCUGCCUUGGCAGCCGCGAUACCCAGUGUGACCCAGCUACUUGGAGAUCCUCAGGCUGGUGUCCGGCGCAAUGCCGCGUCAGCUCUGGGCAACUUGGGCCCUGAGGGGUUGGGGGAGGAGCUGUUACAGUGCCAAGUACCCCAGCGGCUCCUAGAGAUGGCCUGUGGAGACCCCCAGCUAAACGUGAAGGAGGCCGCCCUCAUUGCCCUCCGGAGCCUUCGACAGGAGCCCUGCAUCCAUCAGGUGCUGGUGUCCCUGGGGGCCAGUGAGCGAUUAGCCAUGCUAUCUCUGGGGAAUCAGCUCCUGCCGCACAGCAGCCCCAGGCCUGCCUCUGCCAAACACUGCAGGAAACUCAUUCACCUCCUGAGGCCAACCCACAGCACGUGAUCUCAGAUUCCUACGGUCCAUCCACCCACUUUCGUUACCCCUCUAUUGCCAACCUUUUUCUACUAUUCAAGCCACCAGCUCAACCAAGAACUAAAAAGAGACUAAAAAAGAGAUAAGCUACAAGUUAAAUGAUUUAAGAACAAGAAACUAGAAGAGAUUUAUGUAUAAAGCUCCCUCCUUUCCCCAGAUUCAGGAUGAUUUCAAUCAGUAAACUUCAUUGCUGUUGGUGCCAGAGAAGAUUCCUUCCUUUUCUACAUGCAGGGGUCUUUCUCCAAUAAUGUGCCUUUAACCCCAGGAGCAUGCCUCCCAGACCUUAGGGAGGUACCUUCUACCUGAGAGGCCACUUCCUUUCCAGAGUUUGUAUAAUCCUCCCAACAGGUUCUUGCUUUUGUGCACUGGCCCUAGGACAGUGAUGAAGACUGAGACCAUCUCAGCUCUAGGCUAUGGGGAUAAAUGCUGCUGUGGAUGGUUUCCUGACCCAUAGCCCACGUUCCCAUCCAUGGGUUAUGGUAGAGAGUCUUUUCUUUUUUCUUUUUCCUUUCCCCUUUCUCCCCUCCCCUUUCCUCUCCUUUCCUUUAUUUCUUUAACUUUCUCCUUUCUUUUUUCUUUUUCUUUCUUUCUUUCUUUCUUUCUUUCUUUCUUUCUCUUUCUUUCUUUCUUUCUUUCUUUCUUUCUUUCUUUCUUUCUUUCUUGUUUUUCCUUUCUUUCUUUUCUUUCCUUCCUUCCUUCCUUCCUUCCUUCCUUCCUUCCUUCCUUCCUUCCUCCCAUCCACCCAUCUUUUCUAUGUAAACUCCUGUAGUAAAAGGUAUACCUCACCUUACUUGGAGAUGCCAGGGUAAGAGCUUGGGUGGGGAGUCAGCUCCUCUCUUGGCUGCUGGUUGGUGCUGCAGCUCUUGUGUCCCGUUCACACAAGACCAUGGUUUGGGACCUUAUUUAUUUAUAUCUGUUCCUGCCUUCCAGCUUCCUGCAUCUCAGCUGAGCUACAUGUGGUCACCUACUUCCAAGCCAAGACCAGUGGAGCUGAAAUAGGGAGAGAUAGGAUUAAACAGAGCCGUACAUUGGAUUGCUUUGUGAUCUCAGGCUUAGUGAUGAGUUUUGAUGUUUGAUGGAGUUUCAAUGUAUAGGGAAGCCCAAUUGCUUGAGAAGGGCAGCUGUUUAGGACAUCGUGCAUUUCACCAGAAAGAGAUGUUUGGCAGACCCAUUAGAGUUGAGAUCCAGCUGGAAACAUACUACAAAGUUUCAACCCUGACUCACCGGAUGGCUUGCGACAAGCUUCCCGGAGCCUUCCUUGGUUUCUCUAUCCAUAAAAUGGGGGUAUUACUUUUUGUCCUUCCUUAAAUUCCAAUUGUUUUUUGAAAUGAAAGAUGAAUAAAAUGCCUUAGUUUUAUAAGGAA